AGCAGACAUCCUGACGUACGAGGAGAAAUACAUGUGUCCCGCGUUUGUUCUUCACACUUUGCGGAGGAUGCGUACAUGGAAACGGAUGUUCUACAAAUCCGACUUGGAGUUCCGAAACGAAAGCGGCUGAAGGCUGACGCCGUGCCCACAAUAUUUCCGGAACCAACUCGGCCGCGGUCUGCUGAGGUCCAGUCCACCAGCUUCACUGAAGCCAGUGCAAGUGACGUGGAAAGGAUGGAAUCAGCAAGCGAUGCGGGUGAAUGUUUCAGCCUACAACAAUCCAUGUCAUCAGCGGGUCCGGAAAAUGUGCUAGUGCUGGAUGGACUGCCCCUUGAACCAUUUGUGCCCUACCAGAUAGUCAGCCAAUAUGGGUUCCAUUACACAUUAGUACCGCACAAGCCAGAAUCUGUAGCGGAAAGGGUUCAGGACAAGGAAACACAAACAGCUAUUCCGACAUCCACGCUUGGCACUCAAACUGGGUUCCACAUGCAAAGUAGGGAAAGCCAGACAGGCAUGAGCCUUCCCCCUUCCAGCUCCCUUCUGUUGACAUCAUCUGAACUAGCAACUUGGUGUCCAGAAGACAGCAACAUUGAAAGCGUGGAGGUCUCUGCAGGACAGGCUUCCAUGCAGCAUAUAGGUGCACCAGCAUUUGAGGAACUGAUGCCAACAGAUAUGCUUUACAUGCCUCUUUCGCCCGUCCACUGCUCCACCCCAGCUAGAGAAGAACUUGAUACAACCUUGGGAUCUACAUGGUAUGCCGUAGUACAAGUGUAUUAUAUUUACAGAAAAUUGUUAAUAGCUCUGGUGAUCUAGUGAUUACAAAAAGGAAAGCUAUGACGUCCAUUUAAGUUAAUAUGAAU